UCGACGCGCGCGCGAGACAUCGGAGGUCGCCGGCGCCGGCGACGACGACCGAAGACGAUCAGAUAAUGCCGACCACCAAGUGCGCCGUCCCGCUGGUGAGCGGCGCCGCCGGCGGCGGGGGAUCGGCGGAGCUGACGCGUCAGCUGUCGUCGACGCAGGCGAGCCCGCGGUUCAGCUUCUCGAGCGGCGUGCUGCCGUCGCUGGGCUCCAGGGGCGGCGGCGAGCGCCACGCCCGGCUCCGGCGGUUCAUCGUGUCCCCCUACGACCGCCGCUACGAGCUGUGGAACAACUACCUCAUCCUCCUCGUCGUCUACUCCGCGUGGGUGACCCCCUUCGAGUUCGGCUUCGUCCCGGAGCCCGCCGGCGCGCUCGCCGCCGCCGACAACGCCGUCAACGCCUUCUUCGCCGUCGACAUCGUGCUCACCUUCUUCGUCGCCUACACCGACCCCAAGACGUUCCUCCUCCAAGACGACCCCCGCAAGAUCGCGCUCCGCUACAUUACCACCUGGUUCGUCCUCGACGUCGUCGCCACCAUCCCCACCGAGCUCGCCCGCCGCAUCCUCCCACCGGACCUCCGCUCCUACGGCUUCUUCGGCAUCCUCCGCCUCUGGCGUCUCCACCGCGUCGGCAUCCUCUUUGCUCGUCUCGAGAAGGACAGGAAGUUCAGCUACUUCUGGGUUCGAUGCGUGAAGCUCGUUUGCGUGACGCUGUUCGCGGUGCACUGCUCGGCUUGCUUCUACUACCUCCUCGCCGACAGGUACCCUGACCCGACGAACACCUGGAUCAGCGCCUACAUGCCCAACUUCCACAAGGCCAGCAUCUGGAGCCGCUACGUCGCCUCCAUGUACUGGUCCAUCACCACCCUCUCCACCGUCGGCUACGGCGACAUGCACGCCGAGAACACCGGCGAGAUGGUCUUCACCACCACCUACAUGCUCUUCAACCUCGGCCUCACCGCCUACAUCAUCGGCAACAUGACCAACCUCGUCGUUCACGGCACCAGCCGCACCAGGAAAUUCAGGGACAUGAUCCAAGCGGCGACGAGCUUCGCGCAGCGGCAUCAGCUGCCGGCGAGGCUGCAGGAGCAGAUGGUGUCACAUCUGAGCCUCAAGUUCAGGACGAAUUCAGAAGGGCUCCAUCAGCAGGAGACAUUCGAGGCGUUGCCCAAGGCCAUCAAGUCAAGCAUCUCACACCAUCUCUUCUUUGGCCUUGUCCAGAAUGUCUACCUCUUCGAGGGUGUCUCAAACGAUCUCAUCUUUCAGCUGGUUUCAGAGAUGAAUGCUGAGUACUUUGCGCCGCGAGAGGAUAUCAUACUGCAGAAUGAAGCGCCUGCGGAUUUCUACAUCAUAGUCUCUGGUAGUAUGGAGUUGAUAGAGCUUCAUAAUGGUAUAGAGCAGGCAACAGGGAUGGCCAAGUCAGGAGAUGUCGUCGGCGAGAUCGGGGUCCUGUGCUACAGGCCUCAGCUCUUCACAGCAAGAACAAGAUCACUGUGCCAGCUUCUUCGCUUGGACCGGGCCGCAUUCCUCAGGAUCAUCCAGUCCAACAUUGCAGAUGGGACAAUUGUCAUGAACAAUCUUAUUCAGUAUCUGAGAGAGAAGAAAGAAAUUGCCUCCAUUGUUGCUGUCGCAAAGGAGAUCGAUGACAUGUUGGCCAGGGGCCAAAUGGAUUUCCCAAUCACACUCUGCUUUGCAGCUUCCAAAGGGGAUAGCUUCUUGUUGCAUCAGCUUCUGAAGCGUGGAUUAGACCCUAAUGAAUCUGAUCAUUAUGGCCGCACAGCUCUGCAUAUAGCAGCUUCUAAUGGGAAUGAGCAGUGUGUCAGGCUUCUGUUGGAGAAUGGAGCUGAUUCAAAUUCGAGAGAUCCAGAAGGGAGAGUGCCACUGUGGGAGGCGCUGUGCAGGAGGCACCAGACCGUGGUGCAGCUGCUGGUGGACGCCGGCGCCGACCUGUCCGGCGGCGACGCGGCGCCGUACGCGCGCGUCGCCGUCGAGCAGAACGACGCCGCGCUGCUCGGGGAGAUCGUCCGGCACGGCGGGGACGUGUCCGGCGCGUGCUCCGGCGACGGCACCACCGCGCUGCACCGCGCCGUCCUCGACGGCAACGUGCAGAUGGCGAGGCUCCUGCUCGAGCACGGCGCCGACGCCGACGCCGAGGACGUCAACGGCCUCACCCCUCGCGCCGUCGCCGAGCAGGGCGGCCACGCCGACAUGCAGCUCGCGUUCGCGUCGGCGACGCGCCACGAGCCGCGCAAGGCUCGGCCGCCACCGCCGGCGUCGGCGAUCGUGCCGGUGCCGCUCCGCGACGGCGUGGACUCCUCGCCGUCGUCGUCGUCUCGGCGAGGGCGCACGUCCUCCACCUCCGCCGCCUCCGCGCGCAGCACGCCGCAGCGGAUGGCCAACUUCCGCAACUCCCUCUUCGGCGUCAUCUCCUCGUCACACGCGUUCCAUCACGAAGGCGGAUACAGGGGCGGCGGCGGAGGCGGCGGCGCCGCCGCCGAGAGGGAGAGGUCGUCGAGCUCGCCGCCGCUGGUGAGGGUGGCCAUCUCCUGCCCGGAGUCGCGAGGCGGGAAGGAUCACAGCAGCAAGCUGGUGUUCAUGCCGGAGACGCUGCGUGGUCUCCUCGAGCUCGGCGCGGCGAGGUUCGGGGUGUCGCCGACGAGGGUGGUGACGAGCGGCGGCGCCGACGUCGACGACGCGCGGCUCGUCAGGGACGGCGACCACCUCCUCCUCGUCACUGACAAGUGGGUCCCACCCGAAAAUCGUAGUAGGAAUCAAUAGCCGCCGUCCGAUCCAACACUCGCGGCCCAGAUGGAGGCCCGAGAAGAUGUAUCGAUGUAACAAUAGGGAAAUUAGCAGAAAGGACCCAGAGAAAGUUGUAUAUUAAUAGUGGGUUAAAAUGGGAUCGGAGAAGAAAUCUCCGAAUCCCCUUGUGAGCAUUUUCUGACUGUUAGAUCAACAUCCGACGGUGCAUACCACGAGAGCUGGUUCAGUUGUACAAGAAAUACUACAAAUUCUCCAUUAGCAUUCCAAACAAAUUCUUAAUUAAUUUUAUAUAUAAAUGAGUCGUUUGGGAAAGAAUUUUUGAAGGAAUAGAAAUGUGAGUACGGAAAUUCCUCAA